GGAGCAGGGCUGGGCCCUCCAUCCCCCCAACUGCAAGUUCCCCAGAGGAGGCAGAAUGGACACCCUGGAGGAGGAGGAGGAUGAACAAAGAGUGGAAGAAAAGCUGGGGGGUUUGGCAGUCAGUGAUGACCUCCAGGAUGUGGAGACAAAGGUGCCUGUGGAGCAAGACUGUGUCUCAAAGGAACUUCUGCCAUGUUUUGAUAGCAACUCCGUUGACAUGUCCCAGUUACCAUCCUCGUAUAAGACCAAUUCGCCCAAGGAAAAGCAGCUGCUGCACAUCGCUAACAAUUUCCUCCAGCAGUAUAUUCACCUCUGCCCUAACCGCAAGCUGCUCUUCCUCCACCCAGUCAACGAGUGUGGAGUGGAGAAGUUUGUGAGCACAACAGUGAGGCCAACCCUGCUGCCUUACACAGAGCUGUACGACUGGGAUGGCUGUGCCAGCUUCGUCUCAGAUUACCUCGUCAUGGAGCCCCUUGAGUGUCCUAUCACUCUGCCCAAUUCACUUCACUCCCCAACCACCACCCUGAAACAUCAGCGAGGGAACUGCUUUGACUUCAGCGUGCUGCUGUGCUCCAUGCUGAUCGGGGCCGGGUAUGAUGCCUACUGUGUGCAGGGCUAUGCCACCCUUGAGACAUGCACCCUGGAUGAGACGCAGGAGCUGUGCCCACUGCUCAGGAAGCCACUGGAGACACAAGUACCAAAAGAGGAGGUGAAGAGCAAGUAUAGAAUUACGCCCCUACCAGACAUGCAGAGCAAGUUUGAGCUUCAGCAGGAGGCCAAGAAGGCAGCAGCAAUUGAAGCUUCUCAGAAGGACAAGGAAAGAGACAAGAAGGAAGCGGGAAAGCCAAAGCGUGAACCUUUGCAUGGGUUGCGGGUCCACGCAUGGGUUUUGGUUCUGUCUGGGAAGAGGGAGGUUCCUGAGACCUUCUUCAUCAACCCCUUCACGGGAAACAGACACAACACCACAGACAAACGCUUCCUUGGGAUUGAGAGCGUCUGGAACCACAGGAACUACUGGGUGAAUAUGCAGGACUGCAGGCACGGCUGCAAGGAUCUCAUAUUUGACUUGGGUGACACUAUCCGCUGGGAAAUCAUGCUUUCAGAGAGCAACCGUCUUCAGCUGCUUCCUGAGGAGGAAGAAGAGUUAUUUGGCAGUGACACAGUGAGUGACUCAAAUGGCUCUCGUGCAGAGAGAGAGAAGAGAAUGAGUUUUGACAUGCCACCAUCGUGGGUAGCCCCAAUUUGGAUACCUCCCAGAGAGUUUGAGACCCGCUAUUGCCAGGGGAAGAAGGUGACUCUGUACAACAAAGCAAAACUGGAGAAAUGGGCACCAUACCUGAAUGGCAAUGGGCUGGUGCAGCGUCUCACCAUCUACGCAGGGCUAGACUAUACUGAUGUUGUGGAGGUGAGAGAGUGGUUUGAAAACCGAGAAGACAUCCUGGUUAGAAGAGAAGUGAAUAAACAAACAGAGCUGACCACAGACUACUUCAGCAAAGGACAUUCCCUCUGUCUUAAAGCUCACACUUAUACAUCGCUGGAGCCCAGGACUGGACAUACAAUGGAAUUUUACAAUGAGGCACGAGUUGAUGGCCUCCAGAAGCGUGUUGAAACUGCUAGUGAGAUGACAGAGUACUUCAUGGGGCGGGAUGACUUCCUUUACCUCCGGCACGUCAACUUUGGCAAACAAGGAGAAGAAACACAGAGAACUGACAUGAACUCCAAGCCUAUCGUGCAAAUCAAGGAGUGUUUUCACAGAAACCCAGAAAAGCCUGCUGAUGAAGAUGUCGCAGAAUGUAUCUUUCUGAUCAAAGAGGAGGACAUCCAUCUGACAUACCACCUCAAAGAUAAAUACAUUACUGCUUCAAAGAAGCUUUUCCACAAACUGCCACAGAAGGCUAGUAAAGAACAUGAAGUCUUCAUGACCCCAGAAACAUGCAUCACAUACCAGGCAGGGUCUUUUGAGAAAGGCAAGAGUUUGUUCCAUCUGUACAACUUGUUGAAGGAGCUGACAGCGAAAGAGAAGCGGGUGAAGGAACAAGUCCAGCAAUCUGAAGCAGAGGUGUUAACUAUUUUGAAGAUCCGUCAGACUGAAGAAGCCAAUGUUAAAUUAUCAGUUUCCAUUUAUAAUAGAGAGAGGAAUGAAGAGAGAAGACCACAGCAUGAAGCCAUGGAGAGCACAAUGAAGGAUGAGCUCCUUGGACAGAAGAAACAGGAUCUGGAUUACCUAGCACCUUUCUUUAUUCGAAAUGGCUGCAGAAAUAAGCUGAACCAGGAGCAGGCCCUGCGUGUCAGAGAUGACUGCCUGACUGAUUUUAAGCAUCAUCUCACUUACAAAGUCAACCUCAUCCAGGCUCGCCUUGAAAAGGCGGUGGAGGAGCUGCAAAAGAGACACCUGUGGUUGCAGGAAAACAAGAACCCGCUCAGCACAAAGGAGGAGGAUGACUACCUCUCUAGUUGCUCUGAAUCCAUGUUCCAUAUCAACGUUCUAGAGCAGAGACUCAGCAGGGAAAAGCAGAUGGCGCCACAGAAAUACCUUGCUCUAGAAAAUAAGUUGCGCAUGGAUCCUCGCCUAGCAGAGCACCUCGGUUACAUCUGAUUUCUUUAUUCCUUCACACACCAGACACUGUGAAUUGGUGCUGAAACCUGAGAGGAGCAGCCUGGAAAAACAGCAUGGAAAAGUUUUCCUACC